AGGAAACGAGGAAAGUGUGUACGAUAUGAUUUAUUACAUAAAAUGUGUUCGGUUGACUAUUCAUAUGAUGAAAUUCAAACAAAACGGAGAAGAAGAGUGAAAAAUCUUGGAGUUUAUGAGGCAGAGCGUUUGAUUGCCCAACGAAAAUCCCCAGAAAUGGGAAACAUUUAUCUUGUGAAAUGGAAGGGCUAUAGUGAAUUUGAAAAUACAUGGGAGCCCGAAGAACACCUUUCCAAGUCUUUGUUAAGUUAUUUCCAAAAUCCAAAACCAAGUGAGGAUAUUAUUCAACACUAUGUAGACGGGUUAAGAAGAGAAUUGCUGGAGGCACUAACACAUAAAUUACCUGAGCAAACAAUUACUUUAGAGUUCCGACAUGAUGUAUUUAAAUACUUAUUUCAUGGCAAAGGGGAAAAAAGAAAGGAAGAAAGAAAUUGGACAAUUUAUAGAGAGGAAGACUUUUUGCGCUCUCAGUUGCCAAAAAACUGGAACGGCAUUUAUGACAGACAUGGGGAUGGAGUUAAAAUUAUGUUCCCCAUUAAGAUGAGGACCUUCUUAGGAAUGUCACCUAAAGGAUUUCACUCCAGUGGUAAUAAAAUUGUAGAAAUGCCUAGACUUCAUACUGAAAAGCUAUCUAUAAAAUUUGUUAGGAUAACGAAUACAUGUAGAAAUGAAGUAGCAUAA